AUGGAGGAAAAUGGUGAAAAUUCCGUACGAAAAAUUACGGAGUUACGCACCGACGUGGACCAGAUGCGAGCGGCACUCCAGCGAAUAGAGGAGCUUCUCGCGAACCAGUCGGCAGCCGCCACGGCAGCAGCGAACGUAGCAGCGAAUGCAGCAGCGACGGCAGCAGCAGCAGCGGCGACACCGACACUUCACCAAGCAGCAGCCACAGUGAAUCUUGAGGCGGCACGUCCAAGGCUACCGGAGACGUUCAAUCCGAAUGCAAGAGACACCGACGUCCGUCGAUUCAUUGCUACACUCGAAAUUUACUUCGAGGCCGUUGGCUCCUUCAAGGGAGAUUUUGAGGCUAAGACAAAGCCCUUAGAAAUUAUUCAGGUACCUGAGAAGUUGGGCAAACCACUCCGGAGCGUUGAAAAGGGUCGUGCGUUCCAAGGAGUUAAUACUCUCUCCCCGCAGCACAGUGUUAAGGCUCCCCAUUGCCCACAGGAGAGGCCUACACAGCUGCAACGGCUUAAGGGAAGGUUCCAGGCCAAGACGAAGUUGAAUCGGCCUCGGAUAAAUCCUCCUAACCUAACUAAGUUGGAAACUGAUACGGAGUCAGCAGCUUCGAGCGCAGGAUCUGGGGAUGAUCUCUUCGACGUACCCUAUGAUCCAGUAAGCGAGACCAUCUACGGCUACUCGGAGCGGCAACAACCACUACUCCUCGAGGUUCUCUGCAAAGGGCAACGCCUCCAGGCACUGGUGGACAGCGGUGCAUCUCACUCGGUGUGCGAUAGCGAGACAUUGGAGAAAAUCGGAGAGAAGGCGGAGGAGACACAAUUCUCUGCAACAAUGGUGGACGGUACGAAGCUUCCCAUCCACGGCGAGUCAACACUGCAGCUGCAGAUAGGGGCGUUAAGGUGGAAGCCGACGUUGCCGAUCACGAACAUCAAGGGACUAGAUUUCAUCUUGGGGCGAGAUUUCCUGAAGCGGUUCAACCCCGAGAUUGAUUGGGUCAACAGUAAAGUGUGCAUCUACAACAACGGGAAGCGGAUAGCACUGCGAAGCUGGACGGAUACAGGGGAUAUUCCUGAAACGACACUGGCACGGUUCGAACGGACGGUGAACGAGAGUAACACGGGUUACCUAGCACUGGUCAUGGCAGCAGCAGAGGAGGAGAAGCCGAGUUCGGAGCUACCUGCAGCAGUAAAGGAGGUCUUGGAGCAGUACAAGGAUAUAAUGCCCGACGACCUACCUGCAGGCGUACCUCCAGCACGCACCCACGAGCACGAGAUCGUGGAGGAACCAGGUGCGAAACCCGUCUCACGUGCACCAUACCGACUGAGUCCGACCGAGCUGACAGACAUGAAAAAACAGAUCGAGUAUUUACUGGACAGACAACUGAUCCGCCCAUCCACAUCUCCCUACGGUGCACCAGUUCUCUUCACCCCAAAGCCAGACGACAGUCUACGGAUGUGCAUCAACUACCGCGCACUGAACAAACAGACAGUUAAAAAUAAAUACCCCAUACCGCGCAUCGACGACUUACUGGACCAACUGCGUGGUGCAACAGUCUUUUCGAAGCUGGACCUACGGUCGGGUUACUGGCAGAUCAAGAUGGCGGACAACUCGAUCCACAAGACGGCGUUCCGUACGAGAUACGGCUCCUACGAAUACUUGGUGAUGCCGUUCGGACUCUGCAACGCACCCGCGACGUUCCAGGCAGAGAUGAACCACAUCCUCCGGCCCCUGCUGGACGAAUGCGUAGUAGUGUACCUGGACGAUAUCCUCAUCUACUCCAAGAACAUGAAGGAGCACGUGGAGCAUCUGCGGAAGGUGUUCGAGAUCCUGCGGAAAAAUAAGUUCUACGUGAAGCUGUCGAAGAGCGACUUCGCCCUGAAGAAGGUGCAGUUUCUUGGGCACAUGGUGAGUGCCGAGGGCGUACACGUGGACCCGCGGAAGAUCGAAGCCGUUAAAAAGUGGAAAGUUCCGGAGAACGUGAAGGAGUUACAGCAGUUCCUCGGCUUCGCCAACUACUACAACAGGUUUGUGCCGCAGUACGCUAAGAUAGCAGCGCCACUGACCGACCUACUGAAAAAGGAUACGCCCUUCAAAUGGGAUACUCCUCAUCAGCAAGCCAUGGAGCAGCUACAGACAGCACUGACCACAGCACCAGUACUCAUCCUACCGGAUCCAGACAAGGACUACGUAGUUGAAGCAGAUGCUAGUGACCAGGCAGUCGGAGCAGUACUGAUGCAGGAUCACGGGAACGGUUUACAGCCUAUCGCCUACCUCAGUAAGAAGUUACACGGAGCAGAACUGAACUACCCCAUUCACGACAAGGAAGCCUUAGCUAUAGUCGUAGCCUUCAAGGCGUGGAGGUGUUACCUAGAGGGAGCCAAGACCACAGUCUACACUGACCACUGCAGUCUUAAGUACCUGAAGUCGCAGCCGACGCUCUCACGACGACAGGUGCGGUGGGUGGAUUUCUUGGAAACUCACUUCCACUACGACAUCGUCUACAAACCCGGGCUCCACAACAAAGCUGACGCGUUGAGCCGCCCCGGUCAUGUAGCAGGCAUCCAGCUCGACGAGAUGAACCCUCUGCUCAAGGGUCUAUUCCAACAUGGGUACUCCGUGGAUGGCGAGAUCGCAACGGCAGAGAAACAGAAGCUGUUACAGUGGGAGAAAGACUUAGCUAUCCUAUUAGAGGAAUUUCAUGACGUACCUUACGCGGGACAUUUCGGGAGCAACAAGACGUUAGCGGGAAUAGCGAAGUAUUACUACUGGCCCCGGAUGGCAGCAGACGUGCAGCAGUUCGUCACCUCAUGCGACACGUGCCAGCGGAUGAAGAGUAGCAAGCAGAAGAAAGCAGGGUUACUUCAACCUCUACCCGUACCGGAGCAGCCAUGGCAGGUCGUUAGCCUCGACUUCAUCACAGGACUUCCCUCGACCUCACGGGGACACGAUUCCAUCCUCGUAGUAAUCGAUAAGUUCUCCAAAAUGGGUCAUUUCAUACCGACCAACGCCACAGCUACAGCUGAAGCAACUGCUCGCCUCUUCUUCGACCGCAUCAUCACCAUCCACGGCAUCCCCGCUACACUUAUCUCAGACAGAGACCCAAAAUUCACAAGUAAGUUCUGGAAGGAGCUUAUGGGACUGCUGGGGACCAAGCUUGCCAUGUCUUCAGCAUACCAUCCCCAGACUGACGGACAGACGGAGCGACUCAAUCAGGUGGUUGAACAGUUACUGCGUACAGCUUGCAAAGACGACAUCAGCCACUGGGACACACAGUUACCGACCUUAGAGUUCGCUUACAACAACGCCUCACAUGCGGCCACAGGGAAAACCCCUUUCUUCCUGUGUUACGGACGGGAACCACUCACACCACAGCAGCCGACCACACCGGCACACGUCCAAGCCGCUCACGACUUCGUCACCACCAUGCAGCAGCUAUGGGAGAAGACUCAGUGA